AUGAGAAGUCAUUUGGUGGUAAUUGUGUUGAUGUAUGGGUUUUGUGAUGGGAAUGAAGGGAGGGCUAAUGGGAGGAUUCGCGGAGGUGCACUUGCGAGUCGGUAUAAGGGAAAGGUGCAAGAUGUGGCGAAGGAACAACGAUUUUGGCCGCCGGGAUCUAAGGAAAGUAGAUUUCUAUCUCUCUUUACGGUGGUGACAUUUCCUAAUGGCGGCUGUGCGGGUGCUUCUGGUGACAAUGGUACUUGCAUGACUGCGCGCGAGUGUACCGCCAGAGGGGGCUCUGCAAAUGGAUACUGUGCUAAUGGAUUUGGUCUAUGUUGUAUAUUUAUGACAUCAUGCGGGAGUUCAACAUCAGAGAACGGAACAUACUUCGUGAAUUCUGGCUAUCCUUCGGUGUAUGACGGGACUGGUUCUUGCGAACUUACAGUACUGAAAGCCCAUCCAGAUGUCUGCCAAAUUCGGUUGGACUUCAAUCGCUUCACAAUCGCGGGUCCGGAGCAAAUGAACCACGUAUGUAACCAGGACCAGUUCAUUGUGUCUGGUGGAAACCCUGUACCAGCUAUCUGUGGAGCUAAUCAAGGAAGUCAUAUGUAUAUAGAUGCAGGCAUUGGUAUGACGAACCCUGUGAAGCUAACAUUUGUAACCAGCGGGACGUCAUUUGAGAGACUUUGGAAGGUUAAAGUUACUCAAAUACCAUGCAGUACGAUAUACAAAGCUGACGAAGGCUGCCUGCAGUAUUACACAGGAGUAUCAGGACAGUUACGUUCCUUCAACUACGACCCCACUUCAGGACUGCAGCUCAGCAACCAGGACUAUGGCAUCUGCGUGAGAAUGGAACGUAACUUCUGUGGUAUACAGUACACCGCGUGUCCAGAUACAGUCAACAAUCGUUCCCGAUCCUUCACUCUAAGUGGCAACAGCAACAACCCAGUCAACGCCAUGAUUGGAUCAGGAGCUGGCCCCAACAAUUGUGCCAAUGAUUGGCUUCUACUCCCAUGUGCGACCAACGUUGGCCGAAUCCAGCCAGCCCAAGCUCUGUGUACAGACAGAAUCUGCGGCGGUACUUUUUCCGCGGAACUUUCUAUGCAAGCGGCAACUGUGCUGAGUACGGUGAAACCAUUCCGUCUAUGGUUUCACACAGACAACGUGGAAGCACCAGUUGAUAUAGACAAUAGAGGUUUUUGUCUCAACUAUAUUCAACAACCUUGUACGAAUAAUGUAGUUUAAAUCCUAAUUUAGUGAAGUUUAAUACUAGCCUAAUAAGAAGAGGAUUUUGUUCUAAAAGGGAUGGCAAGAUAAGUAAGAAUGUCAAAAUAAAACCAAAAUGCUUAACUGAUUCGAAAACCUAGCUCUAACCGAUGAGAAAUACAUC